CCUGCCGGACUAGGCAGAGCCGAAACUACAGUUCCCAGCAGGCAGCGAGGCCGCAGACGGCUGCGGCGGAGGAGAGCGAGUAGAAGAGCCCUGCGCGCGCGGCGAAGAUGGAACGUUGCUAGAGUUCGCGGGUCUUGCUGCUGGGGGUCGGAGCUGCACGCCGUGAGCCGCCGCGCGCCAAAGCGGGAAUCCCGGAGGCUAGCAGUUCUGCAGUUAAUGUACGCAUUUAAAACUCCAGAACCUGUGGACGCAAUGCACAGGAAACACCUCCAGGAGAUUCCCGACCAGAGUAGCAACGUUACCACCAGCUUCACGUGGGGAUGGGAUUCUAGCAAGACUUCUGAACUGCUCUCAGGCAUGGGGGUCUCGGCCUUGGAGAAGGAGGAGGUGGACAGUGAGAAUAUCCCCCAGGAAUUGCUUUCCAACCUGGCCCACCCUCAGAGCCCUCCCCGAAAACGGCUGAGAAGCAAGGGGAAUGAAAAGGACUUCGUGAUAGUCCGCAGACCUAAGCUAAAUCGAGACAACUUUCCAGGUGUUUCAUGGGACUCACUUCCUGAUGAGCUGCUCUUAGGAAUCUUCUCCUGUUUGUGCCUCCCUGAACUCCUAAAGGUCUCCAGUGUUUGUAAGAGGUGGUAUCACCUAGCGUUUGACGAGUCUCUGUGGCAGACUUUAGACCUCACAGGUAGAAACCUGCACCCGGAUGUGAUCGGUCGGUUGCUGUCUCGAGGAGUGGUUGCCUUCCGCUGCCCACGAUCAUUUAUGGAUCAACCAUUGGCGGAACAUUUCAGCCCUUUCCGUGUGCAGCACAUGGAUCUGUCCAACUCUGUAAUUGACGUGUCUACCCUCCAUGGCAUUCUGUCACAGUGCUCCAAGUUGCAGAACCUAAGCCUGGAAGGCCUGCAGCUGUCAGAUCCCAUCGUCAAUAAUCUUGCACAAAACUCGAAUUUAGUGCGACUGAAUCUUUCUGGGUGUUCUGGAUUCUCCGAAUCUGCCCUGAAGACCUUGCUGAGCAGCUGUUCCAGAUUGGAUGAGCUGAACCUAUCCUGGUGUUACGACUUCACCGAAAAGCAUGUGCAGGUGGCUGUCGCGCAUGUGUCCGAGACCAUCACCCAGCUCAAUCUCAGCGGCUAUCGGAAGAAUCUGCAGAGAUCAGAUGUCUCUACCUUAGUUGGAAGAUGCCCCAAUCUUGUCCACCUAGACUUAAGCGAUAGUGUCAUGCUGAAGAAUGACUGCUUUCCGGAAUUUUACCAGCUCAACUACCUCCAACACCUCUCACUCAGUCGGUGCUAUGACAUUGUACCUGAAACUUUACUUGAACUUGGAGAAAUCCCCACACUAAAAACACUACAAGUGUUUGGAAUCGUGCCAGAGGGUACCCUUCAGCUAUUAAAAGAAGCCCUUCCUCAUCUACAGAUUAAUAGUUCCCAUUUCACCACCAUCGCCAGGCCGACCACUGGCAACAAGAAGAACCAGGAGAUCUGGGGCAUCAGAUGCCGGCUGACGCUGCAGAAGCCCAGUUGCCUGUGAAGUAUUUAUCGCAGGAUGGUGUCCCCUCUUUUCUUUGGAACAGGGAAAAUGGGCAAGAAGCCUGCCUGCUGGAGCGCUCGGCUCUUUUUAUUCUUGGUUUUCCCUUUGCCUGCCUUCCACAAGUAUAUUAGACAACCGUUUGAGAGUGAAAACGAUGAAGUUUUGCUUUUUCUCAAUAACCAGAAGAGCUUCGGUCACUGCUUCUGUGCACUUACGAGCCCAAGUUUAAGGCCCUUUUAGGAGAGCCUGUGAUUUCAGGAUAACGUUAAGCAGCAAAAUUUGAGCCACCUCUUUCAAGUGCCCUUCUUGUUCCGUCUGUUUAGAAUCAAGUGUCAGAAUCACCACCAGCAAAUCAUUUUCACGAUCUGUGUGGUAACGUUCUUCUAUUUAAUUUCUCAGUAUUGCCUUAUGAGACGUAGAUUGGUAGAAGUGUUUGUAUUGUGAACGGAACAAAAGGAGAAUCGUAGGAUGGUCGCAUUCGUGGCACUCUCUUCUGGAGACUGCAGAACAGACCUUUCAGCCUUGCCUUUAGAUUUGAAAUUAGGUUCAUGGAAACAGAGCCCUGGGCAAUUCAUCUUGAAACCUAAAUGAGAAACAGCUAGCCAUCAGAGGCAAAGAAUUGGUCCAGCAUCUAAAGGCUCAAGAGGCUGUUUUCCAUGCCGGGUUGAUCUGGACUGUCCUCUAAUGAACAUCCGUGAAGUUUCCUUCAUGUGUUGUGUUCCCAGAAUGCCGAAUUGUGGCCUUCUAACUUUAUGAUCAAAUGAUGUUAAUGUGCGUUCUUUAGCUUUUAAGAUGACUCGCUAUGUUUUAGAAAGGUGAUAGUAGCCAGUCUUUAUUCUUGAAACGUUGGCUGAAAUGCCGAACUGAAACUGCCUGCCAUUUUCUUUUAUUGCCAAGGUUCUUCAGGUUAUUUUUAUAUGACUCUGGAAUCAAGUAUUUUUAAUUGCCUUCUUUAAAAAAAAAAAAAAAUUUAUCUCCCACAAUAAUUGUUGGAAAGUCAUUGUUGUUUAAAGUUCCUGGACCUAGAGUUCCCGGAGAACUACGUGUUCGUUCACCCAGAAAUACACGCUCGAAGUAGGUGUGGGCUUCAUGCGGUUUCAAAGCAGUAAGACAACUUGAAACUACAUUAAAGUUAAGAUUUGGGUGUGGAAUCUUUGGAUGGCAACAGUGAU